AUGGCGGAUACCUUGGGGAAGAAAGACCUAGAUGACGCGCCUGUUUCCCAGGUGGAGGAAACUAAUGUGGAAGUCGUGAAGCAGUUUGUACCCCAGUCUCUUGCAAGCGACGGGGAGUCUGCCGAGAAGGCCCAGGCUGAGCAUAUCAACCUGAACAAAAACCUGUCAGCCAAGAUCAAGAACCCCCUGGCAGACUUGACCCCAGACCAGGUCCUUCGUGAUGUCGAGGAGUUUGCCAACGAGCAUGGUCUGGAGGAGUCUCUUCCUCUUUUGAGAAAGGGUGUUCUGAUCUCGCGGGACCCGGAGAAUUACAGGUCGGUCCCAGGCAUGACCGAAGAGGACAUCACUGCGAUUGAAAACGAGGUCGUCCACAAGUGGCGUCAGCCGUGGUCCCUGUACUUCACCAUCAUUCUCUGUUCCAUUGGUGCCGCCGUCCAGGGAUGGGAUCAAACCGGAAGUAACGGUAUGAAUAUCAACAAAGCAGAGCCUGCCAACCUCUCUUUCCCCGCACAGAUGGGUAUUCCCCAAGAGGGCCCAAACGCUGCGAGGAACCAGUGGAUCGUGGGUGUCGUGAACGCCGGCCCCUAUAUCGCUAGCGCCUGUCUGGGCUGCUGGCUCUCGGACCCCGUGAAUGACUUCUUCGGCCGCCGUGGUGCCAUCUUCGGCUCGGCCAUCUUCUGCUUCGCCGCUCCUCUUGGUGGUGCCUUCUGCCAAACCUGGCCCCAGAUGUUCGUGACCCGGCUUCUGCUUGGAUUGGGAAUGGGCUUGAAAGGCUCGACUAUCCCCAUCUACUGUGCGGAGAAUACGCCGGCCGUCAUUCGUGGUGGUCUGGUCAUGUCCUGGCAACUGUGGACCGCAUUCGGCAUUUUCCUCGGAACCUGCGCGAACCUGGUCGUCAAAGACACGGGCGAUAUUGCCUGGAGACUGCAAAUCGGAUCCGCCUUCAUUCCUGCCCUGCCGUUGAUUUUCGGUGUGUAUAUCUGCCCGGAGUCCCCUCGUUGGUACAUCAAAAAGGGCCAGUUCAAGAAAGCAUUCGAAUCUCUUCGUCGGCUUCGGAACACCGAGCUUCAGGCGGCUCGGGAUCUCUAUUACAUCUACGCGCAGGUCAAGGUGGAGCAAGAAAUUGCUGGCGAAGGCAACUAUGUCACCCGUUUCAUUGAGCUGUUCACGAUCCCCCGCCUGCGUCGGGCCACCCUGGCCUCCUUCACCGUCAUGCUGGCCCAGCAGAUGUGUGGUAUCAACAUCGUCGCCUUCUACUCGUCUACCAUUUUUGAGAAAGCCGGCGCUGGUUAUACCGGAGCUCUUUGGGCCUCGUUCGGCUUCGGUCUAGUGAAUUUCCUGUUCGCCUUCCCCGCCGUCUUCACCAUCGAUACAUACGGACGUCGCGCCCUGCUUCUCUUCACUUUCCCCCAGAUGGCCUGGACGCUGCUGGCGGCCGGCUUCUGUUUCUACAUCCCCGAAGAGAACAGAGCCCACUUGGCCUGUAUCGCUCUGUUCGUCUUCCUGUUCGCCGCGUUCUACUCGCCAGGAGAAGGUCCCGUGCCGUUCACCUACUCGGCCGAGGUCUUUCCGCUUUCUCAUCGUGAGGUUGGAAUGUCUUGGGCUGUGGCCACUUGUCUCGGCUGGGCCGCCGUCCUUUCCAUCACCUUCCCACGCAUGCUGGACGCCAUGACGCCGACAGGAGCUUUCGGAUUCUAUGCUGGUCUCAACGUCACUGCCUUGGUCAUGAUCUUCUUCUGGGUCCCCGAGACGAAGCAACGCACCCUCGAAGAACUCGACUACAUCUUUGCCGUGCCGACUCGCAUGCACAUGAGCUACCAGCUGAAGAAGGCGCUUCCCUACUGGGUCAACCGGUACAUCUUCCGCCGCAAUGUGACGCUGGAGCCGCUGUACAAGUUCGACCAUCUUGGCAAUACGGCUUGA